AUGAUCACACCUCCAUUAGAAACUACGAUGUUUAAAAAUUCCAUUCAUUUUGUUCCUUCGAAAGCACAUUCUACACUUACCAUCGAAAAAUCCUCGGUCGCCUCGAAAGAACAAGUAGCAGAAGACACAGUGUUAUUUUACAAGAGUGUAAUUUCCUCUCCUUCAACUGCAGCUAGCAAAAGAACUGUGAAUGGAAAACUUCGCAAAAUACGCCAUAAGAGGACUCAGGAAGAUUCUACUCGGCAGAAGAUAAAUAAACGGAGAAAUGUCGGGUCAUCAAAUGGAACUAGCUUAGCUUUAUUACAAAUGUACAAUGAUGAUAAAGAAGAGAUCAACAAUGUGGAAAGCCUAAAUGAAAAUAAAAGGAAGCGAAAAGAAGUUAAGAAUAAUGAAUUAGUAGAACAAAAGAGUGGUGAUCCCUCGAAACCUUCCUACAGUGAUAAGGACGGUCGGAUAUGGUGCAAAGAUUGUGAAGUUUGGGUAAUAGAUGAAUUAUAUAAAAAUCACGUUCACGGAACCGCCCAUCUCGUUUCUUCCAAAACCAACGAAGAAGCACCUCCGGAUCCAAUAAUUCUUAAUGAGACUAAUCUAGGUUUUAGAAUGUUGCGUGAUCAAGGUUGGAAGUAUGAGAAAGGAUUGGGAGUUCAUGAACAAGGACGGCGGCACCCGAUAUCAACAAAAUUAAAGAAUGACAAAUUUGGCAUAGGCGUUAAACUGUCCAAGUUGGUUCCCAAGGUUCCACUAAAGCGAUUAAGCGCAAAAGAGGCAGCAACACAAUAUGAAAAGGAUCGUAGAAAUAGGAUUAGGCUACUUGCAUAUAUGAAUCGAUAG